AUGGGAAUCCUCCUGUUUUUUGUGCUGUCACUCUGCAUACGCCACUCCUUCAGUCAGUCAGUGACCCAGAGCCCGAAUGAGGUGACCGGAAAAGAGUGUGAGUCCGUCACCAUCACCUGCCUUUUCCAAGAAGGUUCCAGUGGCAGCUACGAAUUUAAUGUAGGACGUUUCUUCAAGCAAGCACAACCCGGAGCUAAACGGCAACGGAUCACAACAGGUGGACGCGAUUCUAAUGGUUGCCGGGCAAAUCGAGGUGAGGACUGUUCUUGUACUGCGAGCAUCGAGAGACGGGGCACUGUGGACUAUCGGGCCACUUACUAUCAGGAUGGGACUGGGACUACGGUGACUGUCACAGCCGAUUUCAUUUCCGCGGGUUCCCUGAGUCCGCCUCAACAAUCCUCUAUUUCUGGUGACACUGCCACCCUUAACUGCGUUUAUUCCGGAUUCUGCUCGUACACAGUACACUGGUACCGACAGUUCCCAGGGCAGGCUCUGGAAUUCCUGCUCCAAAGACACACUUCAGGAAAGCAAGAUAAGGAAGAGGCUGCGGAAGGUCGUAUUUCUGGUUCUCUCGAUCCAGGCCAGAAAAUCAGUCAGUUAACGCUGUCUGAAGUUCGGCCGAGCGACGGGGCUGUGUAUUACUGUGGGAUGAGUCCGCGCAUCACACAGUGGCACGGCGCAGUGAGAUAG